UUUAUAUCCAUGCCAUUAUUAUGUAAAGGAAAAAGUGUUUUAAAAAAGCUUUUAUCCACUGUGGAUAAAUAAGUAAGGUUCUUCUUGGAAGGUGUUCAAAAGUUCAGAAGUCUGAUCCUGCAUGGUUGAAAUUAAUGAGUCCAUUUGAUGCAGGAACAGAAAUAUUGCUUUGUAAGAGCUACCCAGUCACAUAACGUAGUUGUUAUAUGUAACUGAGUAUCUUCUCUGAUUCACCAGAUUUCCUUUGAUCUGAAAGGCUUUUUCUGGAAAUAAAUCUUCUUUUCUCGUAAGAUUUUAAUAACAAAAUGGUGAUAGAUUUUUGUAUACAAAUAUGACAUUGGCACUCAAUUGAAUUUGUUUUAACAAAGGGUGCUUCUGCUGUAAAGAAAUAAAUAUAUGUACAUACAUAUUUCUUAUACAAAAAAAUUCUAUGAAUAUAUAUGCAUUAAAGUAAGUCAUUAGUGGCUUUAGACACUGUCAAUCUUAUAUUUGUGCUACUUUUUCAUUCCCAAAAUAUAUCUGCUUAUUUCUUAACCAUUGUAUUCUAUUUCAAUUUUUGACAACUAAGUCAGGCUGAAAGUGUGUAAAUAGUCUUUGCAUAACCUGUUACCAAAUUAUGGAGGAAUUGAUACUUUCAGGAUUGAAGAAUUAAUAAAUUAUUUUUAAUUUUGCCAUGUCAACAAUGUAUUGCAUUAAAUAUAUGUAGAACUUUAGAAUACAUUUUAUACCAAAACUUAUAUGUCACAAAUAGGGUUUACCCUGGAGUCUUCCCUAUGGGCUGCUCUGCUGUAACAAAAGUUGUGUUUAUUCAAGCUCUUAAAAAAACACCCUAUUUACUUUGCUCUGCUGUUUUCUCAGACUCGGGGAGAGGCUAAAAAACAAAGUUCAGUAUUGUUACUCUCCAGACAUACUAUUAAGAAAAUAAGCAUGUAACACAGAAAUAAGGCUGGAUCUUAUCUGCUGUGAGAAAGGUUGUUGUGGUAUUCCUUUCAAAGACUUACCUCGCUUAUUUGUCACUGCACUUUAAGCCUUGAAUCACGUGCAGGCAGGAGAGACUGAGAGAGAAGGAGGUGAAUGCUUGCUGCAGCUCCCUUUUUCACUUGUUAACUUUGCAGAAGUUGUAGCUGGUUUCAAAAGCUCACUUUUCAAUGAAAUUUACAAAUAUAACCACAAAAUAGAUUACUGUGUCCCUCAAAGUGGAUUUAUACAUCUUUUCCUGAAAAUACAAGAGAUGCUGUACUACCUUUUAUUCACAUUGAGAUUGUAGAUAGGUAACAGCUUGUGUUAAUAUUUGACAAAUCUGUUCUAUGUUAUGUCAGAAAUGUAGCUGAAAAUCUCUUUGGCUGGCUGGCUUGUACUUGAAACUGGUUUUCAUAAGAUCUGGAUUUGAAAAUCUCUCCUGCCAGACUUGUAGCUGUCAGAUUCAUUAUCUUCAAAAUUUCUCUUAACCUCUGAUGGUGUUUUUUCCUUCUGCAGAAAUAGAAGGUGCCUGCAGCACAGAUGUCGCUCUUCUCCAACGAGUAGCUUCGUCCACCCCAAGUGAUACCAGCUCCUGCUAGGACCAUGGGGCUAGAGGGGGUUUUUUUAGGCAGUGGACAGAUCCAUGUAAUCCUCUGGGGAAGUUUGGCAGCCAUGACAACGCUCUUGUUCCUCACCUUCCUCAUCUUCCUCUGCUCCAGCUGCAAUGGGGAAAAGAAGGCCAAAAAUCAGAAUGGAGAUCAUGAAAAUCUGAUGAAUGUGCCUUCUGAGAAGGAAGUUUUCAGCCAUUCCAUCACGAGUUCAGCUACGGAGCCUCCCCCAAACAGUGAACAGAACGGGGCCCUCAGCAAUGGUGAUGUUCUUUCUGAGGACAGUACAGCUGCCUGUAUCCAGCCUUAUGAAGAAGUACAGACAUCUACUGACCUACUAGAUCAACAGGAUAGUCUUGGAAAGUCUAUAAAAUGUCACCAGAGCCGGGAACUACCCAGUAUUCCUCCUAACAACCCCAUGGAAACUAUAAUCUCAUCUAGAAAUGCAGAAAAUGAUCAAGGUCUUGGAAUGGAAGGGCCUUAUGAAGUCUUGAAAGACAGCUCCUCUCAGGAGAACAUAGUUGAAGACUGCUUGUAUGAAACUGUGAAGGAAAUUAAAGAUGUUGGAGCAGUAGUCAUUUUAGAAGGGAACUCUAACAGCAAAUCAAAGGCUUCACUGACAGUUUCUGAAGGUCAGAAUCAGAUUCCUGAGUGCAGAAUUGAGUCAGCAGAAUAUGCAUCUGUUGACCGAAAUAAGAAGAGUCGCCAAAGUGCAAAUUCAGAAAGUCCUCUAGACAACAUACCAGAUGUAGAGGAUGAGCUUCCCCCUCCAGUACCCAUGAAGCUUCUUGAUGAAAAUGAGAAUGUGCAAGAAAAAGAAGUGGAAGAAGAAGUGACAGAAGGAGCAAGUAAACCAGAAAAGAGGCUUAGUUCAGUGUCUUACAAAUCUCGAGAGGAAGAUCCAUCUCUUACAGAAGAUGAGAUCUCAGCAAUGUACUCAUCGGUGAGUAAGCCGGGACAGGCCAUCAAGGCACUGGAUUCUCCUUACACCUGCAUCCAAGAAAUUGCAUCUCAGAGGUCCCCGUCUAUUUGCAGUGGCCUCUAUGCAAGUGUGAAGGACUUUGAAAACACCCUAAAUUCUACCACUGUGCCUCAGCCAGCAGACAGACCAAACGGGGAGCUGGAGCCGGACUAUGAAGCUAUCCAGUCAGUGAGCCAGGAAGAAGACAGGACCUCGUCCAUGCCUAGCACAAACCACUCUGCUCUUUCAGGAGAGAAUGACUAUGAGAGCAUAGGGGACUUGCAGCACCACAGGGAAUUCACCAGACUUUAACCACUUUGGCAGCAGAUUUCCCCUGGUGUUAUUUUCAAAGGACAAGUGAAACACGGAGAGGGAAGUGCUUUUCCUUUUGAGGAACAAAGCUAAGUAUGGAACAUAAGUUGUGAAGAAGCAACGUACAUUUCAGCCAGGGUGUGACACCCGCUGGUUUUUCUGGGUGGUGGAUCAAGGCUCGUGGGAAAGGGUACGUCAGGUCAGAAAGAUGACCAGGACAACACAAUUAUUAUUAUUAGCUCCAAGGCAAACAUAAUUUGGGAAGGAGCUCCAUGCUUGUCAUCCUGAUAGGAUUAUGUACCAAAAAGACUACCUUUACACAAAACUAGCUUCUUAUUUUAAGAGAUUAUUUUAUGUAAUUUUCUUCAAAGUGUUUUUCAAGCAUAAUUUUUCAUUCAAGUUUUUGCAUCCACGAUGUUGAGCAAACCAUGGAUAAUUGUACCUCAACUCAGACAUACUUUGCAGGGCUGGGGAAGAUGCACUCUCUUCUGCAUUUUUUGAGGAGCUUGGGGAGCUCUGUCCACAUUCACUGCAACUAAAGUGCAAACAACAGUAGUUCACAAGGGACCGACUCCAAAUGUACUUGAAUUAAUUCUGCUGGCUUUUUCGUUUUUCUUUUUUUUUUUAAUGUCAAGGGCUGUAAAAUGUGACUUGCAGUAUUUCAGAUGUGUACUGGUAUUUGUAGGGGUUUUGUUUGAUUAUUUGUGAAAUAUCCCUUUAAAAUGGCAAUGGUCACCUUCAGCAUUCUUGCACUGUUUCCCUCAAAUGGACAUAAACACCUACAUACACACACCCCAGACCAUUGUCAUGUUGCAAAAAGUUGUGCAAAUGAAUGCAUUGGCAUAAUGUGUAGUCUAACCUUAGUAGUGUUGAGUAAUUUUUUUGCAGAAUUUUCCCUUUUUAAAGACUUAAAUAUUUUAAUAUGUUUGUCUAGUUUCUUAUAUCGGAAAAAUUAUGUACUGUGUUGAGUGGAUAAUAUUUUUAUUUUUUACAACAUAUUUUUCAUCUUCAAAGUUUUUGUAGAUUAACUUACUGGGGUUUGUAACAGGAGGAAUCCCAUUCUUUAUUUGGGCUCUAUUUGGUUUUGGUUUUUAAUUUUUUUUUCUAAUUUCAAAAGUAGAUAAAUGAAAUUUUUUUGGGGUUGUUUUCUUUGCUUUUUCUGUCUCCUUGAGCAGGGAUAUGGAACAUGCCUUGCUGUUUCUAAGCUAAAAUCAUGGAGUCUAUGUAAAAGAAAACUGCCAAAGGGCAAAAAAGAGACAAAAGAGACAGGGAUUUAGUCAGGCAUAGCCACUGGUCCUCCUUGUUCUUCUGCUAAAAGUAGCAGGAGAGCAACCAAGACCUUCUUGGGCCUCUGACAAGCAGUUUGAAAGCCACUGGCUUUUCAAAAAUGCCGAGUUAUUCUCUUACUGUGAAAAACAAAGUACUGUGCUUGGAUGAAAUAAGCAGGUACUGGACUGGUACUUUGUUUCUUCAAGAAUAAUACAAUAAAUAGUACAAUGGUACAAGAAUAAUCCAACAGUAAAGAACUAGCAUUGUGUGACAUGCAUGUGCACAUAGCCCCAUGUAUAUAAGCAUACAGUUGUAAUUGGGACACAAGCGUGAGUUAUAGUUCAAGCUUGGCAACGUUCACGUACAUAAUAUCUGGCAUGUGCUUGAAGAACAGUUUAUUUUUAAUUUGAAAUAAACAGUACAUAAACUGAGGUUGGCUUAUUCUGUAGUAAACAAAACAGGUUUACUUUCAGCUCAAGUGGUACUGGGUUUUGAUGGUUGAGCCCUUCUCGGAUCCUUGGUCAGUGCUCCACAUGACUUGGUAUGAAGAGCAAACAUAGAUCUGGCUACACACAUGUAUUAGAAAUAGCUUCAGAACUGAAAGAAGCGUGCUGAUUUACAGGCUUUGCCUGUGAGUAGUACAGCUCUGUGGAGCAGUGUAAUUGUGCAGCCUCUGCCCACAGGGUGGGUCAAACCUUAUGGAUCCUGACCUUGUGCAACAGUGCAGCACGCUCGAUCUACGACUCUUUUCCUUGGAGGAGAAGCAGUUCAGACCACUCCACAUCCAUCCUGGUCUUGACCAUGCUGCCAUGUUUUGACAGCUGCAGCAAACCCUUUGCUUCCACUUCACGCUUUUUAAGGAUGACUGUGGUUUUGCUUUCUGGAGUUUUUCCUUUAUAAGUUUUUGUUUCCGUUUCCUCGAAUGUGAAUUCUUGAAGUUCACCUUUCAAUGUUCUCUCCUUCUACUUCACACUGCUUAAGGCCAAAGAUAAGAUACACCAUGUUUCAGAAGAUUUGUUGUGCUAAGUCUGGAGAAUUUUUUUAGUCUUUAACUAUGUGUUUGCUGUCUGUUCCUUGCUCAGGGGUACCAGUUUAUAUAUGUAGUCCUCAGUCUGACUCCUGCAGCUUAGUGGCAGGCAUACCUCAACUCCUGAAAUUCCCAAAUACAUCUCAAGAUGCAGUUAUCUCUUUAUGUGGAUGACUGCUUUUGGAGAAAUAGUAGGAACAUGAGGUUUGCCAGGUUCACUAGGUUAAAUUUCAAAACAAAUUCAAAGACAUCUUGAGAUAAUGUCAGUUGACAGCAAAGAAUAGCACUGUAUUCUUGACUGAUUUUAAGGUGCAAAAGAAGAAAAGCAAACAUCACUCUAGAAAUACACCCAUUGAGACCAGUAGGUCAAAGGAUGGUGGAGGACUGUCCAGUCAUUCUAUUUUCUUUCAUAGCCAGAUCAGAAAUGUUGCUUUGUAGGAAGGGACACAAGUCCUUCUGUCCUUUCUUUCCUCUGUUCUGACAACUGCUCCUGAGACUCCUAGUCUUCCCUUUUUCACAGUGAAAGAAAAAUUCUCCUCCCCCUCUCUUCUUUCUAUGCUUUCUGUUUUUAACCUGUCUCAUACAGCCUUGCACUGGGAGCUGGUACCAUGUCUGCAGUCCUGUGGCAGUGGCACAUUCCUUCCUGUUUAAAUGACUUUCAGGCUGAUCACAACCUUUUAAUGGUCCAUCAGACCUCAGUCUCAUGGACAAGCAGUUCACGUUUUGGAUUGCUGCUUUUGGGAUGUGUACCUGCCCUCAGCCUUGAGACCCACACACACUGGACUUAAGAGCUGCAAAAAAAAGAAUUACCCUCGUGAACAAGGAUGUACAGGGGAGUCCAUAACUCUCCUGAAAUCUCUAUUAUGUAGUCUAAUGCUAAAGGAAAAUAUUUUAGAAUUCAGCCCGAGGUUGGUGAGUAUUUACAUUUCUUGACAAAGAAUCAAGGUUCUGGUUUAGUUCCUUCUUCCCAGAAGUAACACUUGUUCCUUUAUGGCUGUUGUCAAUGCUUCCUUUUCACUAAGGAAUUAUAUAAGGAAUUCAUAUAUUUGAUAGAAAGAUUUUUCCAGCAUUAAUCCCCACAGAGAUUAAUCUAACUGUAAAGAAAAGGGAGUCUCUUCUACUUGUCUCUUUACUGCUCUUUUUAACACUUUCACCAUAUCCCUAAAUUAAAUGUCAACAUCUAAAAUAAAGUAUUUGUUACCUGGUGAUGUUUUCUGGGAAAGCUUCACAGUCUAUUUCUUUGCCUCCUUUUUUUGGCACAACUGUACAAUAAGAUCUCACAUCCAAUUGCCACAGAAAGACCAAGAGAAGCUGUAAUGUGUAUAUAACUGCACUAGUGAAAAGGUCUUUUUUAUUUCCCUCUGGGAACUGGUAGAAAAUAGGAAAUGCAGUUCAGGCAUCUCUUCCAUGAAUCUGUGUCUCCCAUGAGAGUUGUUCUUACCACAUACCUAAACCAAUGCUAAUCCAAUAUGUAAACCAGUCAUCCGUCAUCCUUUUCUACCAUGAGUGUAGAAUAACAUUCUCAGUCACAGAGAAAAAUAAAUUCUUUGCAGAUACCUGUAGCACAGGCAUGUACCUAAUUACCACAGUUAUAUCAGUUAUAGUGCCUUUUCUACAAAGUAGCUAGUACUUCCAUUCUCUUUUCUGUGUUUAACUCAAAAGUACAAAGGGACAACCCUGACGUUUACUAGUCUCAAGUUGGAAACAUCUUUAUAGAUACACAUUUAAUGUACUGGACCUCAGUUAACCCUACAAUAGCAAUAGUCACUCACAAACAUCCACUAAAAAGCCCAGUAAUGUAGCUAUGAUGACUAAGCUUUGCAAUAAGAAUUAUCAGUCUUCUUUUGAAGAACCUAGGUUUUACAAUAGUGAGCAUUCAGGGAGGUGGUGUUCAUGUCACCAUAUGAACUAUUUGUUGCUUCAGUCUUUCUAUUAAUAUAAAUUGCAGGCUUGCUUACAUGUAGCAGGAUCCAUGGAGUGAGAGAUGAGUAAGUGUGGGGAUUCAUAUUCAUGAGUAACCCAGUGUUGGGUCAUCCCCAUAGUUUCAACUGGCUGAUGACCAACUGCCUUUUUCUCCAAACCCUCAUCUAUCGUGCCUUCAAGGAAUCCAUCCUGCAGGGAUGCUUCUGGGCUACAUGCUCCUCCAUGAACAGCUCCCUGAACAGCUCCUGUCUGCUGUUUUGAACACAAUUCUGUAUACGCGGUGCUCUCUGUUCAACCUUCCAAUGGUGCUUUUAUAAGAUGCUGGAUAAAUGGUUUGCAUGUGCUUUCUGAAAGCUGACAUGUAAAGCUGUGACACAGAGUGCUCUCUCUGGUAUUGUCUGCAUCCCAGAACUUAGCAUUAACUGUGCUACUCUUGACUGCUACUGACAGUGCUGCCCUGUCUCUUGUUCAUCUCGCCACAGCCAGAGUGGAGUCACCACGUGUGACAGGCCUGCCUAGGCUGGACACGGGUGCUUAAAAGCAGCCAUUCAGGCCAGGCAGCUUGGCUUGGAAGCCGCUAGAGACAUGACUCUCAUCUGUGCACUGUGGGACUCGAAACAUCAUAGCCCAGCUCAAGGACUUUUUUUCUGUCUCCUGUUGUGCAAAUACAUUUGUUUACCAUGUGACUGUAAGAAAUCUGUUUCUGCAACAAACAUUUUAAUUUGGACCACACUCCAGUGAGGGACUUUUGCUCUUAGGCAAAUAACCAUUUAUGUCAAAUGAGUUUUAUUUUUUGAGGUUGGAGUAUGCCUGAGUAAGGCUUUUACGUACCUCACAAGUAAUUUGGUGUAGUAGUUUGCUGCAAAACAGAAGAAUGCAGAAAGAUGCUUAGCCUGACAGAUGCUCCUUUGGUGGAGACUGGAGUCUGCUGAAGACUUUCAAGGGCAGGUCUCUUCCUGGGAGCAGGGAACAUCAUUACUGUUAAUAUGAUUUCAUAUCCUGGUGCUGAAGUUGAUUUGUAGCAUCUCUUCUGGGAUGGUGGUAGCUGGUCAUUACCAGAGCAGAUCUCCGCCUCAGAAAAGAAAAUAUAUUUGUAUAAUAUAUAUCCCUUGCUGGCAAGCAACAUGUGUUCAGGAUUAUGUUAAAGAUAAAUGCUGUGAAUGGAACAUCACAGAGCUAAAAGUACAGGGUUCUCUUUCUUCAAGGAGAGAGAACCCCCUUGGUUGGUCAGCAUAAAAUAUCCCAGGCUUUCAAAAUGUAUUAAACAAAUUCAUUGUCUAUGUGGUGAUUUUCCAGAAGUGCAUUAGGAUAUCACAUACAGUAGGCACUAUUCUUUUCUCCUGAAAGCAGAAAGAUGACAACUUAUUUGUAAUACAAGGUUCCCAUUGAUUAAUUGCUAAAACUUAAUUUACGUAUAAUCCAAAGGUCAGCAAGAGUGUCUACACAAUGUAGAUAUACUUUAGCUCCAUCCCCCCAAUUUCCAUAGAAACACACAGAUUAUCUUUGCAUUAUAUACCCAUUGGUCUGUGCCCAGUCUAUGGGUAAUAUCUUACAGUUCUGUUUUUACAAGCUGCAAGGUUUUGUUUCUUCAGUUUUAAACUGGCCAGAAGGACAGUCACUACAAAUAUGAUAACAAAGUGCCUAAAAAUAUGGAUGUUUCUGUAAAGAUGCUCACUGGUACUGCACAGCCACUUGACUACUGUAUGUGGUGCUCCCUUGCCAUACACAUCCCUAAAUACUGUCUUUCAUUUGUGGUGUUUGUUUAUUGUUAUAAUAGCACAGUCCUACAAGGGUUUUUGUCUUUGCAAAUUCUUUGCCUAAUUUUAACUAGCAUGUAUUUGUACAGAAAAGACAAAAUUAUUUUUUUUUGUUUAGAAAGCAGUUGUUUCUUAUAGUUUAUGAUAAUGCAACAAUCGGCUUAGAUUAUUUAUAAAGUAUGUAAGUAUUGCUUGACUACAGAAUGCUUCAUUUGAGAUUUCAGAAUGCCUCCUGUUCACUACAAAACAAUAUAACCAACUCUUACCCCUUUAAACUUGUUAUAUUGGGGAGGGGGCUUAAACCUUACAAAUCUUAUUACUUAAAA